UUCGGUCGAAAAGCAUCAUUUUUCGUGAUAGGUAGUUGUAGUUCAUUGUCAAUCAUGUCUUCUCACGCCACGGCUAUCCCCACACAUAGCCUUUCAUGAUGGCUUAUCCCCGGUACAUGUACCGAUACCUUCCCCAGGCCCGAGAGAGCGGCCGCCAGUAUCAUGCCCGAGAGAGAGGCUACUACUCUAAACAUACGCAACAUGAACAUAUUAUUAAUGAUAAUUCAACAUUGAUCCAAAUCGGAAGAGAGAAAGAAAAUGAUAUGAUUGUGACACUCUUGAUUUGUGUGAUUUAAACCAUGAUGAUUAUGAAUGUGAUGAUGAGUAUUGUUCUGAUCAUGAUGAGUCUGUCAUUGAAGACCCUUCUCAUUCCUUUCCUAGAGCAAGCAGGGUUUUACAUUGUACAGUACAUAAUCGAGACAAUCAUAAAGCUAGUACACAUGACACAAAUAGUGUCGGAUACAGAUCUAGUUCUUACUCAAACGUUGGACUUACUUGUGACAAUCCCUACUAUUCAGUAUCUAAAUCUAAUUGUAGUCAUAAAUGCUUAUACAACAGUGAGUGUUCAUUCUUGAAAGAGUCUGAAAGCAGUAUUAGUAAAAGUGCUAGCUUAACUGCUUCCAAAUCAGUUUGGUCAGAGUAUUUGGAUGUAAGUGAUGAUUAUCAAGAUGAUUGUCAACUUCUAUAUGCUGACUCUGUCUCUGAUUUAUCUGAGAGUGAUGAAUGCCGCUAUGAUGAUUAUGAUUGUUCUAUUUCGGAUAGUGAGGAUGCUUUGCCUGUUAGAACAGGCUUAACAGAUAGUUAUUUCGGUCGUGCCGAGGUCUUGCCAGAGUCAGGCAGACCGCAUGAAAUCCAUGGAGAUUCUCUCGGCGAUGAUAUGAGUGACUCAUCGGAGUUAGGUGAGUACCACUCCAAGGUUACACAUUCGCCACAGUUUUCAGUGGCCAGCCUUUCCUCUCCGUCUCCAAGUGUCAAUCUUUUUCAUGGUCAAAAGCUCGUCCAGGUCAAACUUGUCAGUGGUUCACCACAUAACCUCAUUGGUCUUUCCAGCGUUCAAAGUCUUGGUGCUUUCAUCAGGCCUACAGACACCCUUCGGUCGGUGUGUUAUGCUAACCGUUCCUCGCGCCUUCCAGUUAUUGGUACGACAAGUCUUACCUUAAGUAGGAAUGGGGAACACUUGCUUUUCGAAGCGUAUGUCGUAGACUCACUGCUUAUUCAAGUUCAUGCAGGAAUUCCAUUCAUAGAGUUACAUGACAUUACCAUCCGUCCUGCUAAGCACCGCAUCACCAUAGGUGAUGGACCGUCGUACACUUAUGGUCCUGACGCUUCGCUAUCGAUACGCGAUAUCAAUUCAAAUGACCAUAUUUCUGAUAUGCCCAGUGGCACUGAGAAAUUGCAACAUGCGCCUAGCGUUCCACUCAUAUCCGGUUGCGACGAGAAAUUGCCACUUACGCCCUCUAUCGUUCCACGUAUGUCCGGUGGCACCGACGAAUUGCCACACGUACCUCCGGUCGUUCCGCAUAUGCCCGGUGGCAUGGAGACACUGCAAUACAUGCCUUCCGUCAUAACGCCCUUGUGUGACCCUUCACCAUCAGGCACUGCUUUUAUCAAAGUCAUUAACAGCUCGUCGGUUGACCUAGUCACUGCUACCCAGAACGAUGUCGCUGCAUGCCAGCAACUUCAGUCCGAGCUAGUUUCAGUUCCUGACUAUGACGUGAAGCUCACAACGUCUGGUCCCCCUGUGGAUAUUGGUAUAGACACCCAACCCAACCUUACACACGCCAACCUGUUAAGUAAAGCAGAAUGUCUACAGACUACUGGUUUUGACAAGUUUUCACUGGCUACUAUUUCUAAUUCUAAUCCUGUAGUGAUGGAUUCUCCUCUCAUUGGUGAGUGCUUGAUCCCUUGCUACCAACACUGUGACCCAACUUAUGAUGGCCUCACCACAGAGGUUAUGGACCCGCCAGGUCGCCCCCCCCCCCCCGGAUGUUCGCAAAGGAUGCAGUAUCCCUAAACGUGAUGGCCUCACCACAGAGGUUACAGACCCACCAGGUCGCCCCCCGGAUGUUCGCAAAGGAUGCAGUAUCCCUACUAGUGAAGGCCUUACCACAGAGGUUAUGGACCCACCAGGUUGCCCCCCGGAUGUUCGCAAAGGACGCAGUAUCCCUACUCAGGAUGACCUCACCAAGGUGGUUAUUGACCCACCAGGUCCCCCGCCGGAUGUUGGCAAUAGACUGUAUGCCCCCUUUGUUUCUGUGACUGGUCUUUACAACCCAUCCCAUGGAACUGUUCUUUUAGCUUUUCGUCACCGUGUUCAUAGGACGUCGCCUGCGAGCAUCGCUCCACCUUCUGAACAACGGCCAGGCCUCUCAACAUUUUGGUUGUCCAUAGGACCCCCUCCUGGUCGUCCACCAGACAUUGAUUCAAGGUACCAAUGAACUGUUGUAUCCUCCCUUUGAUUUUGAGAGAUGGACAUUUGCACUUUUUAUAGUGACAUCUGGGAUAAACAUCCUAUAUUGACUGCUAUUCAGUAGCGUACCGUGAA